AUGAGUUUCAGUCGGAAGGCUAAUAAUUCACCAUCAAUAUCGGAUGGAAGUUACAACUUUUCAAAAAGUAAUGCCUCUAGUAGUAUUGUAGGAACGAGUUUUAUUUCAACAAGAACACAAAAAGUGCAUGGAGUUGAAAUUACAAGCGAAUUAGUUUGGAAAAGUUGGGAAAUUGGAGGUGAUUAUUUAAAAAAGAUUGUAGUAAAAAACGUCGGAACUGAAGUAGUGGAAGUAAAAUAUGAAUUACCAAAAUCAAAGACUUUCUUUAUGGCUUUUCCCGAACCUGCAAAGAUAAGUCCUGGUGUUUCAAUCUCUUUUGAAGUUAAAUUCCGACCAAUUGAAAAGAAAAACUAUACUGAUUCUGUAAAAUUGACAGUUUUGAAGAAAGGAGAAUUUUCUGUAAAUUUGAUGGCCUUAUUGCCAAGAGUUUGUUUGGAUAUUCCNAGUUAUUUAGAACUGGCAAUAGGAGAAACAAUCACCAUUAAUACAUUCUUUGCACCAAAAGAAGCUUCAUCAUAUGUGUCAACUGGUAUUUGUAAAUUAUCAAAUGGAGACUCUUUACAAAUGCAAAUACAAGGUGUUGGUAAAAUACCACACAUUGUUGCAAGUGAAACAACUGCCUCUUUUGGAAAGUGUCCAAUUGAUGUAACUGCUAGGAAGACUAUAACUGUUAAGAAUACAUCAUUGGUACCUGCCUCAUACACCAUAGAACGAGUAGAAAAUGACUAUAUUGAGGAUAUUUUCACCUUUGAACCUCAAUCUCAAAUUAUUCUUCCAGGAACGACCCAACAAAUCACCAUAACCUAUAAUCCAACAACUAUUGAUUCAUUUGAUUGUAAUAAUUAUUUAAUAUCUACACCAGGAGGAAAUUCUGUAAAAUUAGCUUGUUCUGGUUUUGGUGUAGGUCCGGAAUUAGUAAUUUCACCCAUGUCUAUUAACUUUGGAGAUAUUCCGCAAGGAAAGGAGGUGAAGAGAUUAUUAACUUUAGAAAACAAAUCGAAUAUGGAUGCUGAAUAUAAUAUUAAGGUUGAUGCUGAAGGAUGUUUCAAAUUUGAUAAAACAACUGGUGUUGUAUCAGCAAGACAAACAAGACAAAUUACCAUCACAUUUUUCCCAGAGAAACCUAUCAAUUAUUAUAGAAGAGUGUUCGUUGUUGUAAAGAAUCAAGGUAUUACUUUUAUUGACUUGCUGGGAACUAGUUUUACAUCAUCAAGGAGACCUCCUCCAUUUUCUAUUAAGGAAGUUUAUGCUUACAAAGAAAGGAUAUAUAAAGGAUUUCCAUCAUAUUCUCCAACAGAAUUGGAAACAUUUAUUGAACUUUCUGAAAGUGGAAAAACAGAUUCUCUUUCUCAAGAAGAAAAAGUUAAUUUAUCCAACUUGACUCAACUCUUAUCGAAUCAAACAUCAACAACAGAUGCAAUCAGAGAAAAUAUUGAAAUGACAUUGAGAGAAUAUUUCUCUAAUAUUUCAGAUUAUAACAAUCCAGUUUCGAUUAAUUAUAAUAGUGUUUCAUUUGGAAGUUGUUCAAGAUUUAGAAUGGCUGAAUAUAAAACAGUGACACUUGCCAAUAGAACCAAUGGCAAAAUAACUUGUGAUGUUCAUAUUCCAACAUGUGAUGGAAAUCCUUCUCCAUUUGUUGUCUUUCCUGAAACGAUUGAUAUUCAACCAAUGAGUACCUUCUCUUUCAAGAUUGGUUUUAGACCUUCAUAUGAUAAUCAAUUUUAUGGAAGCGAGAUUGAAUUUGUUUGUUAUUUCAAGACAAAUAGAAGUUUUAGAUUGGUGAAUUCUCAAACAUUUGUACCACCUUGGUCUCUUCCGCUUAGAGUGUUUGGUAAUACUUUUAAUAACACUGCUGCUUUCAUUCCUAGAUAUACUCUUCAACCACCAACAACAGUUACAUUCCCUUCUUGUUUAACUGGUGAUACAACAUAUAGAUCCUAUACAAUUUAUAACGAGAAUGAUAUUCCAAUGCCUUUUGAAUUCAUUUUAACAGAAAGACAAAGGAAACACUUUAUGUGUAUUCCACAAAGUGGUAUGGUUCAAAAGAAAUCCUUCCAAAUUGUUGUUUUCAAAUUUACACCUGAUGAACCAGGUACAUUCCAAGAGAGUGUAAAUUGUUUGUUUAAUGAUUCUCCAAAUCAUACCGUCAAUAUUCCAUUAUUUGGAAUGAGUUUCAUGCCAACACUUAAUUUUGGGAAAGAUUCAAAAGUUUUCUUUAAACCAACCCAUAUCGGAACCACCUCCACCAAAGAAAUUACUAUUUUCAAUCCUUCAAGAAUUCCAAUAUCAUAUGAAUGGGAUGUUCCAAAAGAAUUUGUUUCAACAUUUGUAGUAAGUAAGAAAACAGGAGUAUUGAAUGGAAAUGAAACUCAGAAAAUAACAUGGACAUUCUGUCCUCCAGAUGAAAAGGGUUUUACAAUCAAAGUUCCAUGUAUAAUAUCUAGUGUUGCUGAAGUUAAUAAGGAACCUGUAAGAUCUAGAGUUUUCUUAACACUAUUAGGAGAAGGUACAAGUGCUGGAAUCACUAUGGAACCAGCAAAUAUCGAUUUUGGAAAUGUACUAGUUGAUGAUCAAUGUGUUAAAAUUAUUACACUUUUCAAUUCUAGUGAAUGUGAUUUGCCUUAUGAACUCAUUGUUAAUGAAGAAUCAGAACAAGAAGAGACAGAAGCCUUAUCAGAUACUUCUUUAAAUAUUGAAUCUCCCAAAGGCAAGGUUCCUGCUAGAUCCCACAAACAAAUAAGAAUUACCUAUUGUCCUCAUAAUAGAAGAGUGGAUAAAUUUAUUGUUUAUUGUAGGUUGAGUCAGGAAUUAACAACAAUGGAACAAAUGAUUGAUUUACCAAAAUGUGAAAUGAUUGGUAUUGGUGCAUAUCCCCAAAUAGGCAUAACAGAUGUAAAGAGUGAAAUAUAUUCAAAAUCUGAUAUGUGGCAUCAAUUUUCCAUCAAUGCAAUUAAUAACGAAUUGAGAAAGAUCAGUAAUUCUGAAGAUGUUGAAUCAAAUAUUACAAACUUUAACACUUCAAUUCAAGAAUUGAAUAGAUUCUAUUGUGAUUUUGGUUCAAGACCAAUUGAUUCAGAUGAUUCAGUUGUAUUUGUUACUUUAGAAAAUAUUGGUAAAGUGAAAGCACAAUUCUCACUCACCACUACAUUUGAUACUAUCGUUAAUGUUGAAAAAUGGGCUCACGAUCAAGUGGCAAGAACAGAUGAAGAGUUGAAAGCCCUCAGUAUAUACGUAAACAAACUCUUUGAAAUUCAACCUAAUAAGGGAACACUCGAACCAGGCGAAAAGGCUCUCAUUGCCUUUAUUUAUAGACAUAAGAUUGCAGAGAUUCAUGAAUUACCUGUUUUAGUACAAGUUAGAAAUGGAAGAUGUUUUACACUUCAUAUGACUGGUCAAACACUUGCCCGAAAUCAACAACAUUUGCAAUUUGCUUCAAUGGAACAUGAAUUUGAAGAACAAGAAAUUGGAGCUGAAGAUCAUCCAAUACAAUAUGUUAAAGUUGCCAAUCCAACAGAUCAAGAUAUUGAAAUUAAUAUUGAUGAAUUUCCAUUUAAGCAAUUAUCAGUUGAAAAUUAUGAUUUUGAUGUUUUAACUUUGGAAAACAAGAAGAGUAUUGUUCCUGCUAAUCAUUUUAUUUAUCUAAGAUUUGUUUUUAAACCUAUUGAAGUUAAAACAUAUGAAUUGAAUAUGCAAAUUCACAUGAUUGGAUCUGAUUUAGUUUAUAACAUGACUCUAAAAGGAAAAGGUGUUGAUGGAAGGUCUAACACUCCUUUAAGUAUUGAAGAAGAAGAAGAGGAAGAACCAUCAGAAGAUAUUAUUGUAAACUAUUUACCAACAUCUUUACAACCAAUUCAACAAGUACAAACACCAAAUCAAAUAGUCCAUUUUUCAUCAGAAGUUUUAGAUUUUGAAACAUGUCCAUGUUUAUCUGUAAAUAGAAGAUUGAUAACAGUUACAAAUCUUUCUCAAGAUUCAAUUACAUUUGAUUGGAAUUCAACAAUACCAUUAGAUGAUCAACAAUUAAGUUCGGUAAUGGUAAUUGAACCUAAAACUUGUACUCUUGCUCCUCAGGAGUUCAAAGUUUGUAAAGUUACACUCAAUGUUGGAGCAGUUCCACAAUUAUUAGAUUGUGAUAUUUAUUGUGAAAUUACAAAUAUAAGUAGAAGGGAAAGAAAGGACCAAAGAAAGAAAAAGUAUGAAGAAACAUUGAUAAGAACUGUUAAGAGUUUGGAUGAUGAUGUUUCUGAUGUGAUGAGUGAUAAGAGUAUUUUAUCUAUUAAGGAACAUUUUGCAAAUUCAAGUAAUAGAUUGAAUAAGGGAAGAAUUAUUCCAAAAGCAAUUUCAAAGAGUACAACAAAGCGAGAAUCUGUUAUUAGUAAGAGUACAAUUUCUCGUGAUAAUCAUUUAACAAUGGCUGCUUAUUCAACAAAUAUUCCAAGAUAUUUACCUGUUUCAAAGACAGUUGCCAAACCAAAAGCAUUAGAAAGACCACCUUCACCAACUUAUGACAAAUUUGGGUUGCAACCAAUGACAAAGACUAAAUUAUUGAUUUCAGUUAAAGCUGUAACUGUUAGUAUGGAAAAUUACAAAUACAGUCCUUCAACAAGAAAUCAAUGGGAAACUCAUUACAUUCCACAAUUAUCAAACAACAACUAUGAAAUUGAGAAUAGAUCGAAUAAUGCUAAGAAUAUCUCUGUAUCAUCAAGUAUAGAUAAGGGUAUCUUUACUGAUAUUUUGGCUGGCAUGCUACAAGAAAUUAUAAACGACACUGAAACUGAACAAGAAAUUCUCAAACAACAAGACGAAGAAUCAAGCUUAUUCUAUUGUGAAUUUGCUGAAACACCUAGAAGUUCAAGACCUGCUUCAGGAAUAUAUAGUUUGAGGUCAAGCAUGCAAAAGUCAAGAGAAAGUUCUAGUCAACUUUCAAAAGCUAAUUCUUCCUUACAAAUGACCAAUAACAAUACUUCCAACUCGAGUACAUCUUCAAGAGCAUCAUCAAGAAUGUCAACUUCACUUUCAACAUCAGCAAUCAAACAAAAAACAAACAAGGGAGAAGUCUUGUCUAGUCCAGAAUUUCAACAAACCCUUGAAUGGAUUUUGGAUGAGAGCUUAUUCAAAAUUGUUUCGGAAAUAUCAAGUUCGUCUUUGAAAUAA